CCGCUCCGGCUCACCCGCUCUCURUCGCUUUCAGAUCCCAAAACGCCGCGGUGCCGUUACCCUCCGGUCACCGGAAAAAUCCAAAUAAACGCCUUUGGGACGUUCAGGCAGAGAGCAGAAAACAAAAAUGCGCCCGAUGCGGAUCUUCGUCAACGACGACCGGCACGUGAUGGCCAAGCACUCGGCCGUGUACCCCACGCAGGAGGAGCUGGAGGCCGUGCAGAACAUGGUUUCCCACACGGAACGAGCACUCAAAGCCGUCUCCGACUGGAUCGAYGAGCAGGAGAAAGUCAGCGGGGAGCAGCCCGAGACCGAGUCCAUGGAGACGGCGGUGGAGGAGGAGAGCAAGGAAGGAGGGGAUCAGAAAGCCACRGAGCAGCUGACGAGGACCCUGCGAGGGGUGAUGCGUGUGGGGCUGGUGGCCAAAGGCCUCUUGUUGAAGGGUGACCUGGACCUGGAGCUGGUCCUGCUGUGCAAAGACAAACCCACGGCCAAGCUCCUGGAAAAAGUCGCCGAUAAUCUGGGAGUGCAGCUCGCGGCGAUCACCGAGGACAAAUACGAGAUCAUCCAGUCGGUGGCAGACGCCGCCAUCAUCAUCAAGAACACCAAGGAGCCCCCUCUGAGCCUGACCAUCCACCUGACGUCUCCAGUGGUCAGGGAAGAGCUGGARAAGCAGCUGGCCGGAGAAACGCUCUCAGUCACCGACUCCCCGGACGUUCUGGACAGGCAGAAAUGCCUUGCUGCCUUGGCGUCUCUGCGCCACGCCAAGUGGUUCCAGGCCAGGGCCAACGGGCUGAAGUCGUGCGUCAUCGUGAUCCGGGUGCUGCGGGACCUCUGCACUCGCGUUCCCACCUGGGCCCCGCUCCGAGGAUGGCCCCUGGAGCUGCUGUGUGAGAAGUCCAUCGGGACGGCGAACCGGCCGAUGGGCGCGGGCGAGGCGCUGCGCCGGGUGCUGGAGUGCCUGGCCUCGGGCAUCGUCAUGCCAGAUGGUUCUGGUAUUUAUGAYCCUUGUGAAAAAGAAGCCACUGAUGCUAUUGGGCAUCUAGACAGACAACAAAGGGAAGAUAUCACACAGAGUGCUCAGCACGCGCUCCGGCUCGCCGCCUUCGGCCAACUCCACAAAGUCCUGGGUAUGGAUCCCCUGCCCUCCAAAAUGCCCAAGAAACCAAAGAACGAGAAYCCGGUCGAUUAUACCGUUCAGAUCCCGCCCAGCACCACGUACGCCGUCACCCCCAUGAAGCGGCCGAUGGAGGAGGAUGGGGAAGAGAAAUCCCCCAGCAAAAAGAAAAAGAAGAUUCAGAAAAAAGGUAUUGAGUUAACGAGAGGUAGGUACGGCCCGGGGAGGAAAUCGGGGUGGAAACUGGGGGUGCUGCAGGACAUGGGUUUGCCCACCGGAGUGGAAGGCAAAGACUCCRGCAAGGGCGACGAGUCGGCCGAGGAGACGGAGACCAAGCCGGUGGUGGUGGCUCCACCACCCGUGGUGGAAACGGUGUCAACGCCCACAGCAGCUUCACCCCCCUUGGAUCAGACCCCUGAGAAYGUGAAGCAGCAGGGACCAAUCCUGACAAAGCACGGCAAGAACCCGGUGAUGGAGCUGAACGAGAAGCGGCGCGGGCUCAAGUACGAGCUGAUCUCAGAGACGGGCGGCAGCCACGACAAACGCUUUGUCAUGGAGGUGGAAGUGGACGGGCAGAAAUUCCAAGGUGCUGGCUCCAACAAGAAGGUGGCCAAAGCCUACGCGGCGCUGGCCGCGCUGGAGAAGCUGUUCCCGGACGCUCCCGUCGCCAUCGAGCAGAACAAAAAGAAAAGAGCCCCCGUUCCGGCCAGGGGCGGCCCCAAAUUCCCAGUCAAACAGCACAACCCAGGAUUUGGGAUGGGAGGGGGCCCCAUGCACAACGAGGCCCCCCCACCCCCCAACAUGCGGGGCCGAGGCCGGGGMGGCAACAUGAGGGGCCGGGGGAGAGGCCGAGGCGGCUUCGGGGGCAACCACGGUGGCUACAUGAACACAGGGGCCGGGUACGGGAGCUACGGUUACGGAGGGAAUUCYGCCACCGCCGGUUACAGCCAGUUCUACAGCAACGGUGGCCACUCCAAUUCCGGCGGCGGUGGCGGCGGCGGCUCCUCGGGCUACGGCUCCUACUACCAGGGCGGGGACGGCUACACCGCCCCGGCCCCGCCCAAACACGGCGGUGGCAAAAAACAGCAGCACGGAGGUGGCCAAAAAUCCUCCUACGGCUCGGGCUACACCGGCCACCAGGGCCAGCAGCCCUACGGGCAGGGCCAGUACGGCRGCUACGGCCCCGGGCAGGGCAAGCAGAAAGGCUACGGCCACGGCCAGGGUGGCUACUCCUACUCCAACUCGUACAACUCGCCCGGCGGAGGCUCUGACUACAACUAUGAGAGUAAAUAUAGUGAGUGGAGACAGGGGGNUCAGAAANNNGGCAACAACUACUCCGGGGGCGGCUCCUACAACUCGGGCUCCCACGGGGGCUACGGGGGCUCCGGGGGCGGGGGCUCCUCGUACCAAGGUAAGGCAGGUGGAUACUCAUCGCAGUCCAACUACAACUCUCCGGGUUCCCAGAACUACAGCGGCCCCCCCAGCUCCUACCAGGCGUCCCAGGGUGGAUACGGCAGGAACGAGCACAGCAUGAGUUACCAGUACAGAUAAACCCCCGUGUCCCUCCCGCUGCCUUCCCCACCACCGGCAUUUCCCGGAUUUUAUCCCGUUUUUUCCCAUUC